AUGGCUGAUCAAAGACCUCUAAUGACCUGGUUAGAGGCCAACAACUAUGAAUCAUUCCUUCAAGAAGACAUAUUCUCGUUUCUCGAUCAAUCACUUUUCGUCGAUCCUCACAGCUCUUUCAUUGACCCUUUUAAGGAUUUUCAAACCCAAAAUUGGUUUUCUCUCCAAGACAGCAUUGUUAAUCAUAUAUCUACUACCUUUGCGGCUGAUCAUACGUUUCUGGCUUCACUUGAUCUUGAAGCUAUCUCUAGUACUUUCUCUCUAGAUAUAUCGAGUGGAUGGUGGAACGAGAAUAAUGGUAACUACAAUAACCAGGUCGAACCAAACCUUGAUGAAAUUUCAAGAACUAAUACCAUGGGAGAUCCAAAUAUGGAGCAAAUAUUGCAUGAAGAUGUUAACACAAUGAAAGAGAAAACAAGCCAGAAGAGGAUAAUUAUGAAGAGGCGAUAUAGAGAAGAUGGAGUCAUCAAUAAUAUGUCAAGGGAAAUGAUGAAGCAGUACUUCUACAUGCCGAUAACUAAAGCAGCCAAGGAGCUUAACAUUGGUGUAACCCUCUUGAAGAAAAGAUGUCGUGAGUUAGGUAUUCCUCGUUGGCCUCACCGUAAGCUCACGAGCCUAAACGCUCUAAUUGCUAAUCUCAAGGACUUGUUAGGGAACACGAAGGGGAGAACGCCCAAGAGUAAGCUGAGGAACGCUUUGGAGCUUUUGGAGAUGGAGAAGAAGAUGAUUGAGGAAGUUCCCGAUUUGGAAUUUGGGGAUAAGACUAAGAGGUUAAGACAGGCUUGCUUCAAGGCUAAAUACAAACGGAGAAGGCUCUUCUCAUCUUCUUCAUGA